AAAAAGGAGUAAAGUUAGAACAAGGUCUUUAUGUCAGCACAGAAGGAAAACCUAUUUUACCAAAAUCCAUGUACAAAUGGGUAGCAAUUUUGAGUCAUGGGCCUUGCCAUGAUUCAACAGGGGGGAGGAUGAACUUAUUAGAGAAAUAUUAAACAACUUAUGGAUUUAUGCUCUAUAAACUCUAUAAAAAAAUUUUUUUGUAAACAAUGUGUUACAUGUAUGCAUCAUAAUCCCCAAGGCAAUGUUAAAUUUAAGAGAGGAAGAUUUUCUGAACCACCUUUUCCUUUCCAUACAAUCCUUAUGGAUUUUAUUGAAUUGAAUAAAAGCAAAGGAUUGAAAUAUUGUUUAGUGAUUAUUAAUGCAUUUUUCAAAUGGGUUGAAAUUUUUCCAUGUGCAACACAAGAUGCUAUUACAGUAGCUAAAGGUAUUUGUAAAAGAAUAAUCCCAACUUUUGGCAUACCACAAGUGAUAAGAAGUGAUAAUGGUACACAUUUUGUAAAUCAAGUGAUAGACAAAAUGGCUCAACAUCUUUGUAUUGAUUUAAAGAGACAUUGUAGUUAUCACCCACAGAGUGCAGGAUUAGUUGAGAGAACUAAUGGCACUAUCAAAUCAAAGUUAAAGAAAUGCAUGGAAGAGACAAACAGACAGUAGCCUGACUGCAUAGACUUAGUUCAGCUAAGCAUGCGUAUCACAGGCACAGCAGGUCAACCUUUAACGCCUUUUGAAAUGUUGUAUGGACGUUCUUAUAGGUUACCAGACCUUGAUCCUACACAGCAACAUUCUCCAGAUGAUGAUGCAAAUUUAGUGGAUUAUUUGAGAAAAAUGUUUACCACUAAAGAUGUGCAAAGGACAAAUCAAGUGCCAGAUUCCUUUUUAUCUCCACAGGACACUUCACCAGUGCAGGUUGGUGACUGGGUGUUUGUGAAGGCCAUAAAAAGGAAGUGUUGGUCCAGCCCACGGUGGGAAGGGACAUUCCAAGUCCUGCUGACUACACCAACAGCUGUAAAGAUUGCUGAAAGGACGUUUUGGAUCCACCUGUCACACUGCAAGAAAAAGCAUCUGGGUGAGGCUAAUUCCAACUGCUAGGUGGGGAAGUCUGACUACAAAGGGAGGCAGCUGUAUAGAAGCUGCUUGUCUCAAAGUCAGCGAAGCAGGGGAAUCCACCUAGUUUUAGGGAAGAAAGCACACCAGAUCUCUUUUGCACUACACGGAUCCUACACUGUUAGAGGACUUGAGGAGGUGAUGUGCUAGUAACCUCUCCCUCCCGAAGAUAGGCACAUAUCCACCAUGGCGUGUCCAACUGGGCUAAGAGACAGUUUAUUUUGUUUACUGUUCCUGCUAUUCCUGACAGGAGCCACCACAAGGAUUUGGUUCUUUUGGAAUCAUUAUCCACCUGCAAGAAGAACCACCAACGAGGACAGACUAAACAUUUCUCGACGAUGGCUGAGUAUUGAUGAACAUGAUGUUUUGAAUAGUUCAAAAAUGAACAUAACUCACCUGUAUAUGACAAAUUCUUGGUAUAGGUAUGUUAUGUUACUGGCUAAAGAAAGGAAUAGAUCUGAUUGCUAUGUUUGUUCUGUAAUUCCAGCUUCAUCCCUACAUCCUAAUUUGCAGGCAAAGCAAUUUUCUGCGUGGAAAAACGACUGUGUUUUUGAAUAUAGUACCAGAGGGUAUAUUAGUACUGGAGCCGUUACCACUUCAAAUGGUACUCUUGUAAGACCGAGUUGUAAGAGUUUGUAUCAGUUUAAAAAACUGAAAUUGACAAAAUCAUUAGCUCCAUAUGCUAGUGUGGAACCAGGAACUGUGUUUCCACAUUGUGUAACUAACAAUGGCACAGAAUUUUUAGGAACUUUGCCGACGAAGAUGUGUCAUGAACUUCUUGUUCCCUUCACAGUCCAGAUAAUCAAUGACAGAGUUUCCCAUGGUUAUGCAGUUCCCUGCCCUGGAGGACGUUGUGUUGGAUCUAAUCCAGAUUUAAUUCCAGGUAACAAUGGUACUUAUGUGGUUCAUCAAAUGUUUUGGUUAUGUGGGCAGGCCCUCUACCUCAGUCUGCCUAGAGACUGGAGUGGGAUUUGUGUUUCUGUAAAGGUCACAGGUCACACUUUCAUAGUUUCUGCAGUCCAUGAGCCUCACCUGCGUCACAGACGUAACCUUAGUGAUGUCAAGCCACAUGAUUCCAUUUGGGGAUCAGAUGUACCUGAAGACCAUGAACACUGGAAUACUGGGGAAAAGGUAACUAUGGCAUUGUUUCCCUGAGUGGGAAAUGCUACAAACGCUCUCAGAAUUGAGACCAUUGAUUAUUGAUUAGGUUUAUUUUUGAACGCUACAAUUAAAGCAUUUAAAGGCUAUAAUGAAGAAAUGUCAAGCAUGAAACUUAUGGUUCUACAGAACAGAUUGGUUUUGGACUUAUUGGUUGCUCAGGAGGGAGGUGUUUGUAAAAUGUUAAAUGACAACUGUUGUACAUUUAUUCCUGACAACAC